UAUUUCUUAUUUUUGUGUUGUCAAAUGAUGCCAAUAGGUAGUGAUAAUUAAAACGUAGUGAUUAUAUUCUCUUUGGUGAUAAUCAGUAUUGGUCUCUGAUAAUCAGAGUGAUAAUAUUCAAAGUUUUUCGUAUGAUGAAAGCGUAGUAAUAUACUAUGUGCCCUUGGAUUAAAUUUCAAAGAGCUUGAGGAAUAUUAAACAAGGAAAGUUUAAUUUAACUAUCAUCAUUCCUAUUAUUAUUGUUAGAUUAGAUAUCUGUUGAAUACGUCUGAGUAGAAGAAAAAAUGUAUUUAACAUGGGCAUCAUUUAAUAAUUUAAGACUCCUUCUCAUGGCAUGUAUGCCUAUAGUAAUAUUUUAUUUGAUAUGGCUGGUGAACACUUCCGAAGGUAUACGGAGUGAGGAAGGCACCUUGUUAGAUCUUGUUUGCUGGCCGGAUGGUAAUGCGAUUCCUGUUAUUAUAGCAUGCGGUUCAGUUAUAGCUGUUGUAAUUGAGCUUUAUGGACUUUAUCAACUUUUCAAAGCCGGCUUACCCAAGAGAGAGUACAACGUUACGAAUGGCCUAUAUUAUUACGUUUGGGCGUUGAUAAUUAUAAUCAUCAUAUUUUUGUCGAUUAUGUUUUAUUCUGGACUUCAAUCGACCAUUAUUAAAGCUAAAAUAAAAGGUGGAAUUACUAAGGCGAUGCUUCGUUACGCCAGUCAUCUUCCGUCGAAAGUAGCCAUCGAUAAAUUGCAGACUCGAUUCCAUUGUUGUGGAAGAGUCAAUUUUCAAGAAUGGUUUUUUAUACCAUGGUUUACUUCUGGUGAAAGUUUGGACUUCAAGAAAUUUUCAGACCGCAAGUUUGUAGCCGAUAAUGUGCCGUACAGCUGUUGUUCAUUGGACAGUCUGUAUCCGUGCAUCCAUCAUGGUGUGACGCAACCGGGCACGAUUUACAAGUACGACCCUAACAAGCAGCUGACGAUAUGGGAAGCUGGUUGCGAAGAAAAACUUAUAAACGAGAUGAUGUCGGUAUCAUGGCGAUUCAACGCUGUCAUGGCGUUGAUUAUAAUAGCAAUGAUACUGCAAGUGAUAGCCGUGCGCUACCUCCACACGGCAUACCGUAACGGGCUGCACGUCGGUAAUCAGAUCACGUGCAAGGCUUAUUUAUUGCGUUCCAUGACUGACACAGAGGCCUCCAAACCUGCUGCCAAGAAGAAAGUAUUUCGGAAAAGAAAGUACAAGCGCAACCGAACUUUACAAUGGAUGACGGCUGGAUAUAAAUCAAACAAAAAUAAAUAUAUCACCUCCUCCAACUCGGAUUUUAGCUCUGAUGAGUUGUUGAAACCGAUUUAUGAAUAAACAAUUUUAACAGA